CCUCCUCCCCCUGAAACCCAACCACAAGGUUUGCCUAUGAAAGACUCCUCCCACUCCAUCACCCCCCGACUCUCCCGCACUCAUCGCAAACUCCUCUAAUGGUUCCUCCGCCUCCUCUUCCACCAAAACUAUCCAUGGUCUCCUCAAGCCCCGGCAGAGCAGAGAAGCUCCCAACACCUGGUUUUGCCCGUCUUCUACGCGGCAAGAGUGGCAGCCGCAGCCGUGGCCAAACCUCCCUAUCCCGCUCCAGCCCCCUCUUCCCCUCCCUCAACCGUAACCUCGGUCGCGCAGCUCCUUCCAUGGAUACCGGCAACGACGGCGAGCCCUCUUCCCCCAAAGUCACCUGCAUCGGCCAAGUACGAAUCCGAAAGAAGAAUAAAACUCCAAUUAGGUCCAAUUCAAAACGAAAUCGGACCCCGUCGGACCAGAAGAAGAGAGAGGAAAGAGAAAUGCGGUGCUGCUUCAUCAAUAAGUCUCUGUUCUUCAGCGUCUUUCGAUGCCGGCAAUUGAUCUGGAGGAGAUGGUCGGCCAGGCUUCGAUUCAAGUGGAAUGCGGGAUAUCGGCGGGGGAACGAGAAGGUUGAACCAGCGGAGACGGUUCCUUUGCCGGUGAAUGAUUUGGGCGAAAUUAUUUUCCGUACAUCGGAACAGGAUGACGAUGAGGAAGCAGAGGAGUGCGAUGAAUCGGAAACUAGGGUUUUCGUGCCGCCGAAAAACGCCCUUAUACUGAUGCGAUGCCGAUCCGCUCCGCACAACCGCUCCUCCGCGCUCGCCACCCGCUUCUUCACAGCCGUCGACGCUGAGGACAGUGGGAAUAAGGAUGACGAAACUGUGAAAGGAACCGAAGUAGACGAGAAACACGAAGAAGAGGAGGAGGAAAAAAUAGGAUGCCCGUCGUCGAGGCCGCUCUUUCUUAAACGGUGCAAAUCGGAGCCGGCGAAGAAGGCAGCGAAGCUGGCGGCGCCGGAGGGUGCGUGUUGUUCGCAGAACAGUGAUGACGGGAGCCGUCCAUCGGCGGAGAGCCCGUCGGAACUCCAUUAAAGGUUUGAGAACAUGAUAGUUUUCUGGUAGUUUUUUUGUUUAUGCUGUAGCCGGACAUUGUUGUGCAAAAGAUUCGAUGGUUUGUAUUUUGUGGGAAAUCUCUGAAGCUUCUGCCAUCGAUUCCAUGAGAAAAUUUCUCGAGAUCUCUUCUUUUUUUUUUUGUGGGUGUGCGAGAGAAUCUUCGAUAUCCCACUGAGCGUCCGUA